AUAAAAGUUAUUAGAAUUAUAUGCAGUAAAAAUAAAAAUGUGUUUCAUAUUUAUCUAUAUAAAAUAAAAAUAAGAUUGCUGUAGAAUACUAUGAAUCAAUAAAUAGUGAAAAGUAUUUAAUUUUCAAAAACAAAACACAAUAACUAUUAAUGAAAUAAAAUGUAAUAGAUGCUAUCAAUUAAAAAUAAAAUUAUAACAGAAAUGAAGAUAAAUCUUGUAAAAAAUACUUAAAAGAAAAUUAAAAUAAAAAGGCAAAUGAAAUAAAAAAUUAAAGAUCAUAAUCAGUUUUUGUAUAAUAAAAAGAAUAUGAUUUAAAAUUAUAAUAAAUAAAUUUAAAUAAUUUUGAUAAUGCAAGAAACAUUUUAACUAAACAUCAAAAGGAAGCUAUUAAUAAUAGCCAUAUAAUUGAAUCUUAAAUUAAUAAUUAAAAAUAAGAGCUUUACGAAAGAUUAGAAAAAAGAAGAAAAUAUACAUUGAAAUAAAGAGUUUAAACUUA